AUGGGAAACGCUGCUGGUACCUACAAGAAAAAAGCUGCAAUUGGUUCUUUGAUCGGUUUUAAAUCCGAGAAUCCAUUUGAAUGCCUAUUUGUCAAAAAAGAACGUGUCUGCCUGCGAGAAACUUUUCAGAAAUUGGAAAACCCAAAGGAAAUUGUUGGAGCUGUUUUUCUGAAGAUCUUAAACGAUAUUGCACCGGAACUGAAAAAAGUGUUCGGUGUGGAGCGAUCGCCAAGAGCAGUUAUGCUUAAAAUGCCCAAACUCAGUGGACACGUUGCGUGGUUUACCGACUACCUUCAGCAGCUAACAACCAUGCUUGGUUAUACGGAAAACUUACUUGGCGCUUGGCAACUAGUUCGCAGAACAGGUCGUACCCAUCACCGACAUUCAUUCCUGAAAGCGAAUCAAGAUAGUGAUAUAAACUACUUCAAACUCGUAGGCAAUGUAUUCAUCGAUGAGCUCAUCCCAUACUUGAAUGGUGAAAAAGAUGAAUCCACUCAGGACACGAAGAAAGUGCGAUUUGCAAGUCCCUAUUCGACAGCAACAAAAAGUGAUGUGUGGCAACGUUUCUUCAAUGUUUUAGUGUCGGAAAUGAUGAGAAGUUUUGAGCAAGAGUGUCAGAAAAAUGGUAUUACAAUUAAACCAAGCUAUUAA